GGUCUGCAGUCAGUCUGAUGCUCUGCGCAAACACCCAGCAGAAGCACCUGUGUAGCUCGGCUGAUGCUCCUCUCCUCUCCUCCGGAGGGAAUGUGUGAAUGAGGACCAGCAAUCCUUCUUUUAUGUGAUUGUAUUUGUGCGCCUUUUCGUGGAGAAGCUAUAUCGCACCAUGGACUAACUGUAUUAUCCACCAUGGGAUUAUUGCAGUUGUUUGUUGGAUUAUUUUGCGCGGCAGCAGCCGCUGCGUUCGGAGUGGAUCCGGCGGUUCGGAUCAGCGUUUUCCAAGAGUUCAGUCCCGCAGAAGGGUUUUCCGGCGUGACACAGGUGCAAGGUUUCCACGAUGACACGAGAGCUUUCCUCUUCCAAGGCUCGUCCCGGAGCGUGAGGGUCCCAGACGACGCAGCCGGACGCAUGCUGCAGAAACUCAGAGGAAAGAGUGAGUUCACCAUCGCACUCACACUCAGACAGGAGAAACUCAACUCUGGAGUCAUACUGUCCAUUCAUCACGGAGAACAGAGGUGAGGACACACACACACACA